AUGGCCGACGUGAUUCUACAAACAAGUGGGAUCAAGGAACUGCUGGAGGGAUUGCCAGCUGGGAAGUUGUUGAUUUGGCUUCUGUACACGGACAGCGGUGGGAGCACCAACAGCCAACAGCUAUGGCGUGGGGGGCACCUUACUGAUGGACCGAUCGCCAAUUCGCAUAAGGUCAUCUUCUGGCGUGGCAGGUGCAGAGUGCACCAAGCAGCGACAAUCGCUAGAGAGUCGGGCGAGAUGUGUAUGAUGGGAGCCAAUAUCGACCCAAAAUGCUGGGAAAAGCGGACGCGUUUGGUUUUGGUGGCACUUUAUGGGGGUACAGCUAUAGGCUACUUUGUCACAAGUCAAAGCUUCCAGCUUUCUCUUCAUCGUUUUCAAGUGCUGACUGCGUCUCCGUUUCUAGUUUUUUUUGUGGACCUUGCUCACGAUCUUCUCGUCACCUCGUCCAGGUGA